GUGUACGGGCAAGGAAAAACAAGUUGCAAGCUGCAGCUGCAAGAGCACAUGCUCCAAACCCACAAGCCAAGUGGCUCUAUAUAAAGCGAGCAAGCAGGAGAGGACUACCGCCACUGCACAACCGUGACAUCUCUGCAUCUCAAGGUCAUACGCGCAUCCACACGCCUCUCCAUCCCUUUGCCAACAACCUCUGGUCCUCUGCUCUCCUCUCGCCGCCGAUCGACCGUUAGCCAUGGACGCCUCCUUCCUCUCGCUCUCGCCGGAGCUCCGCGACGCGCUCGUCAAGGUCGCCGUGUUCGUGCUCGUCCAGGGGCUGGUCUACCUCAUCCUCCGCAACUCGUCCAACGUCUUCUCCAAGGACGGCGGGCUCAGGUCCCUCAGCUUCCGGCCGAUGCGGUCCAUGAGCAUCAGGCGCGUGCUGGCGCCGCUCUCCGACGUCCCCGUCGGCACCGACGAGCCCUCGACGUCGCCGUCGCUGUCGUCCGCGGCGUCGCGCCGCAGGGUUAGCCGUGAGGAUUGAGAUGCCCCCGGAGCGGGUAGUUUGGUCACUCUGAAUAGUAAUUGGUUUGCUAUACGGUUGCUUAUGGAAAUAGUAUUUGAGUUCUGAUGUAAGUGGGAUAGAUGUAAUCUUGUAGAUAUAUCGAUUGAAAAGAAUCGGAAGACUGGAUUAUUGAUUCUUUAUAACAUGAUUGCUCUUUCUUCUUGUGAAUACACUGCUUGUUGGCUCUUGUUGGAAAUGAUCCAGAAGAACAGCAAAGUUGGAAGACUGGAUUAUUGGAAGAUAGAAAGAGGCUUGACUAGCUCUGCUAUGAUAAGGAGCUGAAAUAUAGCGUGAUUGAUUAGUA